AGGAUGAGAGGAGCUUUUUGGGUCCCUGAGCGCUCUGCUCGUGGUUCGUGCCUGCUGCCCGGACACCAGCACGAUCCCGAGCACGCUGCCCGCUGAUCUGCACGAAAAAACUCUUCCUGCUCCGACACGGGGCACGGUCUCCUUCGUGGUGAAACCUGUAGCUGUUCCGACAGCACGCCGGCCUGAUAAAUUUAGGCUUAGACGAGCGGUUGUGUAACGCAGAGAGGCGAUUAGCUGGCUUGAAUUCACCAGGAAGGAAAACACCCCGGGAUUUUCACCCAACGCGCUGCGUGCGCCGAAUCCUCGCGCCGAAACAAUUCCUCUCAGUAUUUCCAGCCGCAGCGCUGAGCUCCGCACAAUGCUGGCUGAAGGCAGUCUCAGAAUGGCCGGAGCCCGUUGUGCCUAGCAGGAUUGGAUUCCCUUGGGAAUUAAAACCGAGCCUGAGCUCCUGGCAGCAGCACGGUGGACAGGGUGCCCCCGAAGCCCUGCUGUACCCCGGGAUGGCAGCGAGGUGACGGCCGCUGAGGAUGACCCUGACUGAAAAGCUGCGCGAGAGGAUAUCGCGGGCCUUCUACAGCCACGGGCUGCUCUGCGCCUCCUACCCCAUCCCCAUCAUCCUCUUCACGGGGCUCUGUAUUUUGGCCUGCUGCUACCCCCUGCUUAAGCUGCCGUUACCUGGAACGGGGCCCGUGGAGUACAGCACCCCGGUGAAGGAUUAUUUUCCCCCCUCUCCAGACCCCGUCUCGCAGCAAGGAGACCUCGGCGAGCGCCCUGACUGGUACGUUGGUGCUCCUGUGGCCUACAUUCAGCAGAUCUUUGUGAAAGCCACCGUCUCCCCAUGGCAGAAGAACUUCCUCGCCGUGGAUGUGUUCCGUUCGCCGCUGUCCCGCGUCUUCCAGCUCGUGGAGGAGAUCAGAAACCAUGCCCUGAGAGACAGUUCUGGUGUCAAGAGCUUGGAGGAAGUCUGCCUUCAGGUUACAGACCUUCUCCCUGGCCUCAAGAAGCUGAGGAAUCUGCUCCCCGAGCAUGGCUGUCUGUUACUGUCUCCGGGGAACUUCUGGCAGAAUGACCGAGAGCGAUUCAACGCCGACCCCGAUAUUAUCAAAACCAUCCACCAGCAUGAACCAAAGACUCUGCAGACAUCAGCUACUCUCAAAGAUCUGCUGUUUGGACUCCCUGGAAAAUACAGCGGGGUGAAUCUGUACAACAGGAAGCGAGUGGUGUCCUACACUGUCACACUGGGCCUCCAGCGAUACGACUCCAGGUUCCUCAGCAGCCUCCGCUCUCGCCUCAAGCUGCUGCACCCCAGCCCCAACUGCACGCUGCGGGAGGAGAACAUCGUGCACGUCCACUUCAAGGAGGAGAUUGGCAUUGCCGAGCUGAUCCCCCUCGUCACCACCUACAUUAUCCUCUUUGCCUACAUCUACUUCUCCACACGGAAGAUUGACAUGGUGAAAUCGAAAUGGGGCCUGGCCCUGGCAGCGGUGGUCACGGUGCUCAGCUCUCUGCUCAUGUCCGUCGGGCUGUGCACGCUGUUUGGUUUGACCCCUACUCUUAACGGAGGAGAGAUCUUUCCCUACUUGGUCGUGGUGAUUGGCCUGGAGAACGUGCUGGUCCUCACCAAGUCGGUCGUCUCCACGCCUGUCGACCUGGAAGUGAAGCUGCGCAUCGCCCAAGGCCUGAGCAACGAGAGCUGGUCAAUUAUGAAGAACAUGGCCACAGAGCUCGGGAUCAUCCUGAUCGGGUAUUUCACCCUCGUCCCAGCCAUCCAGGAGUUCUGCCUCUUCGCCGUGGUGGGCCUGGUGUCCGACUUCUUCCUGCAGAUGUUCUUCUUCACCACCGUGCUCUCCAUCGACAUUCGUCGCAUGGAGCUCGCUGACCUGAACAAGAGGCUGCCAGCAGAAGCCUGCCUGCCCCCCGCCAAGGCCGUCAGCCGCUCGCAGCGCUACGAGCGGCAGCCGGCCCUGCGGCCCGCCACCCCCCACACCAUCACCCUGCAGCCCUCGUCCUUCAGGAACCUGCGCCUCCCCAAAAGGCUCAGGGUCAUCUACUUCUUCGCCAGGACCCGGCUGGCCCAGAGGCUCAUCAUGGCCGGGACGGUGAUUUGGAUCGGAAUCCUGGUCUACACGGACCCCGCUGGGCUCCGCACCUACCUCACCUCGCAGGUCACCGAGCAGAGCCCCCUGGGGGAGGCGGGUUUGCCCCCCAUGCCCGUUCCCGGAGGGGUCUUACCUGCUGGCGACCCCAAGCUCGAUCUCUCGGUCUUCCCGGCGGACCCCGUGCAGCUGUCGGAAAACCAGACGCAGCAGCGGGAGCAGAAGUCAGGCUUGGAUUCCCUGAGCAGGCUGGAGGCGAACCAGCACAGCUGGGCCCAGGGACAUGAGGGCAAAGGGAACGGGCAGACGGAGCUGGGGACCGAGGCAGAGGUCACCUGGGGAGCGGAGGAUGAGGAGAUCUGGAGGAAGCUUUCCUUCAGGCACUGGCCGUCCCUCUUCAGCUACUACAACAUCACCCUGGCCAAGAGGUACAUCAGCAUCCUUCCAGCCAUCCCAGUCACGCUCUACCUGAACCCCCAGGAGGCCUUGGAAGUGCGGCACCCCCAAGAAGCCAACCGCUACCACCCCUUCCUGGCUUCAAGCGGCGCCAAGCUGGGGGCUGCAGCUCAGCCAGACCAAGCCUCCCCCAAGCUGCAGGGACACCGGGAUGUCACCCUGUACAAGGUGGCUGCGCUGGGCCUGGCCUCGGGCAUCAUCCUGGUCCUGCUGCUCUUCUGCCUGUACAAGGUGUUCUGCCCCAAAAACUACGGGCAGAACGGGCUGGCCCACAGCAGGAGGAAGCGGGGCGACCUCCCCUGCGAUGACUACGGCUACUCCCCGCCCGAGACCGAGAUCGUGCCCCUGGUUCUCAGGGGCCACCUCAUGGACAUCGAGUGCCUGGCUAGCGACGGGAUGCUGCUGGUCAGCUGCUGCCUGGUGGGCCAGAUCCGGGUGUGGGAUGCUCAGACCGGGGACUGCCUCACCGUAAUUCCCAAACCGAGGUUGCGACGGGACAGCAGCGGCGUUUUUGAUUACCAGGAGAGCUGGGAUCACAGCCCGGACGGCAAGAACAGCCUGGACGACUCCUUUGAGAGCAGCCACCAGCUCAAGAGGAUGCUCGGCCCGCCCCAGCCUCCCCUUUUCUGUGACCAGCCAGACCUCACCUCCCUCAUCGACACCAACUUCUCCGAGCAGGUGAAGGUGCCCGAAUCGGAGACGCGGCUCCGGGCUGUGGGCGGGCGCCAAAAAGAAGCUGGCUACGACUUCAGCAGCCUGGUUGGCAAAGUGUACGAAGAGCACAGCACCUCCAACUGCAUCAGCUUCACCGGCCUGCCCGCCCCGCACGCCCAGGCUGGGUCCCGCUCCCUGGGCUGCGGCAACGAGGAGGGAGGCUGCAGCAGCCGCAGGAGGAGCCUGGGGGACGAAUCUUUCACGGGCUUUGACAAAUCGUCGCCGCUUCCUUCCUGGGGAGGAGACUUGGAGAGUUCUGUCUGGAGCCUGGACCUGCAGGGGAACCUCAUCGUGGCCGGCCGCAGUAACGGGAAGCUGGAGGUGUGGGACGCCAUCGAGGGCACCCUGCGCAGCAGUAACGAGGAAGGGCAAUCGGGCAUCACGGCGCUCGUGUUCCUCAACAACAGGAUCGUUGCUGCCCGGCUGAACGGCUCUCUGGACUUCUUUUCGCUGGAAACUCACACGUCCUUCAACCACCUGCAGUUCCGAGGAGCCCCGAGCAGAAGCAGCAUCCCCUCCUCCCCGGUGUUCAGCAGCAGCGACAUCAUCAUGUGCCAGCUCACCCACACCGUGUCCUGCGCCCACCAGAAGCCCAUCACGGCUCUGAAAGCCGCAGCGGGACGCCUGGUGACGGGCAGCCAGGACCACACGCUGCGGGUGUUCCGGCUCGAAGAUUCGUGCUGCCUGUUCACUCUCCAGGGCCACUCGGGAGCCAUCACGGCCGUGUACAUGGACCAGACGAUGGUGCUGGCGAGUGGGGGCCAGGACGGUGCCAUCUGCCUGUGGGACGUGCUGACGGGCAGCAAGGUGAGCCACAUGUACGCCCACCGCGGGGACGUCACCUCCCUCACCUGCACCACGUCCUGCGUCAUCAGCAGCGGCUUGGACGACGUGAUCAGCAUCUGGGACAGGAGCUCGGGCAUCAAGCUCUACUCCAUCCAGCAGGAAAUGGGGUGUGGAGCCAGCCUGGGCGUGAUUUCGGAUAACCUGCUGGUGACGGGAGGCCAGGGCUGCGUCUCUUUUUGGGAUAUCGGCUACGGCGACCUGCUGCAGACGGUUUACCUGGGGAAGAGCAACGAGUCGCAGCCCGCCCGGCAGAUCCUGGUGCUGGAGAACGCCGCCAUCGUCUGCAACUUCGGCAGCGAGCUCAGCCUGGUCUACGUGCCCUCGGUGCUGGAGAAAUUGGACUGAGGAAGAAGAGGAGGAAGAGGAGGAGGAAGAGAGGGAGGUGCUGGAGCCUGGAGGCGAAGGCAGCCCUGCUUCGUCUUCCUCCCAGCGAGGCAGGGGCGUUGCUGUGGGCGUCCUUGGGGUGGUUCCCCGGUGUCGGGGGGGGACAGGAGGAUGGCAACGGGGCAGGAGGAGGCCCUCGAGUGCAGCCCCACGUGCCUUGGAGCUCUGUGCUCCAGCAGCUCCUUGCCCUAUUUAUUUAUGUGCUGUAUAUAGUUAUUUAUUCUGGCAGGAGGGCGGGGGAGCUGCAGGCCGUGGUGGAGCUGCCUCCCCCCCCCCUCGAAGCCCGGUCACCUUCCUCACCCUGCCCUUCCUCCUCCUCCUCCUCCUCCUUGGGGAGGUGUUUCUCAGGUUGGGCCUCCCUGCGGAGGGGACGGAGACACCCACGGGGCUGGGGAGAGGGGCACAGCCUGCGGCGGGGGGACCAAAGCGCCCCGGCAGAGCUCCAGGGCCCCCCAUCUCCCCCAAAAAUUCCUCCUGAUUGUAGAGGUGGGAGGGGGCGACCGCAGGGGGGGAGGGAGGCUGAGGGGGGGGGCUCCUUGCUACCGCCCAGGUCCCCCCCCUCUGCGCCCGCGCGGUGCCUCGGGUGGCCUUAGCCCUGCUGUACGCUUUGUUCUGUACAGUGGCAGCAUUUUUGUACCGGAUCGUGUUUUAUAAUGUGUACAAAGACACCCCCAUUAAAUGGAACUAACCCCCCCCC